AUGGAUGUCAUUGCUGCACAAACAAAAACUAUUGCAGUUACUCUUCAUGAUUUAUCAUUUAGUCUUGUGGGUUGCUACUCCUGCUGGGAGGUUGACUCUGAAUUAUGCAAGUGGCUUCAGAUAAAUGUGAGUGUUGAAGUUGCAGAAUCAACUAGGAUCAUUUAUGGAGGUUCUGUAAAUGGAGCUAACUGCAAAGAGCUUGCAGCACAGCCUGAUGUUGACGGAUUUCUCGCUGGAGGUGCUUCUUUGAAGCCAGAAUUUGUGGACAUCAUCAAUUCUGCUACUGUUAAGUCAUCUGCUCGAGGACUUCUGCCUCGCUCGAUCGAAGACCCAUGAAUUGACCUGUGAAUCCGUGAUGAAAACUUGUGGUUUCUUGCUUAGAACUGGAGCUAAGCAAGCACUACGAAUAUGAAAUAGUCAUAAUUCGGAUUCUGCCACGUUCUUGUCGGCGUAGAUGAUAUUUAUUUGCAACUAAUUAGAUAUUUAGUUUCCUUUGAUGGCAGACUAUUAAAGACUUCAUCUUAAA